AUGAUGUGGACAGGUGCAGAUAUCUCUAGGUGGAUUCCAUGGGAAUGUUUGAAUAGCAAGGAUGGCACUGAACCGGAACCGUAUGACUAUAAAGCAGUCAUCUGGACCCUGGCUACUAUCCUCUGGAGCAUGUUCCAUCACGCUGCUAUACCUUUCGAGAAUGAGACUGUAAACGAAAUCCGUGGAAGGGAAUACCGUAAAACAUGUGAACUGGACAUUAUAGCAAAUCUAUUACCAAAUGGAAUGCUUGAGUCCUGUUGGUCGGAACGUGAGAAGAGGCCGAGCUCUCGGAAUGUACUGAAAUCCAUCAAGAAACUGGAACAACAGCAAUAA